AAAAAUCCUUUGUAAUAAUUAGCAAUGUGAACAUACUUUGUUACACCAGUUUUUAACGUUUAUAGUAUUUUAGCAAUCGUUACCAGUACCAGGUCCGCUGGGAUUCCUUGAACAAAUUCCACUCUCUGUAGCACAGUCCUUUGGAUGAUUGAAUACAGCGGCUGCCAUCUCUUGUAAAACCAAACUAUUCUCUGCACACUAGGCUUCCUAAUACAGAAGGAAAGUGCGAAAAAUCAGAGUACUCAUGUCCGCCAGCUAUUGUUGAGUUUAAUAAAUACAUGGGUGGCGUGGACAGACAUGACCACCUCAGAAGCAAUUACAGUGUGCAAAGUUCAAGCGUUCAUUGGUGGACCUAUUUCUUAUGGUUUGCGGUGGACAUCUCGCUGGUCAAUAGUUUCAUCAUGUACAAGGCAGUCAAUCCACGGGCUACCCAUAAACGGUUUCAGAGAAUGGUUGCGGAACAAUUAAUCGGCGGGUAUAGCUCACGCGUAAGAAAAUCCAAACAAACAAGCGCCAUUGUUGAACUUGACAGGGAGUUUGCUGUCUCACACGAGCUAACCACUAUCCCAGGUCGAACCAGAGCAUGUCGUUACUGCAGUAUAACGAAACAAAAAACUACAGGAGGGCAACGGACUAGAACUUCAUCAUUUGGCUAUGUGCAGUGCAGAGUCAGCUUGCACAGGGAAUGUUUUCUUCCGUAUCAUGAUAUUGACUCUAGAAAAGUCCGAAUGGAGGACAAGUCCAACCAGACUUCGGCUCCAGAAACACCGAAGAAAGAAAAAACACUCCAUGAUCAAGGGACCCUGGUUCAAGAAAGCGCCGUUUAGAUCACUCAGUUACUGAUACACCAUUGCGGAGGUCUCCACGAAAAUUAGCCGCCACCAAGAGGAGAAAGUAAUCUUCUUACAAAGAAGACCGAAGUUACUGCAUCGCAUCAGAAUCUCCACUAGACUGUGUUGCCGACUGGUGUUGUUUACCGUGCCUUAUCUUGUGACAUUUUUACAAGAGAAUAGUUAUAGUCAGAUACUUUGUUUUGUGUAUUGGUAUUUGCUUUGCCUGUUUUUGCUAUUACGUACAUGUAUUCUUUGUUAAUACAGAGGAUCUUUACUACUUAACAAUCAAUCAUAUUAUAGAUGAUCAUCAUUUUUUAUACUAUCCACCUGUUUCGCUAUGACCUUAUGAUGUAAAUACCUUGAUAAUGGAUCUUUAUCUUAGGUCCUUGAUGUUUCAUAGUAUUAGAAUAGACACCGUUCUAUUCAUAAAUAAUAAAAUAUAAAACAA